GCUGGAAGUCACCGAGCGCCGUCUCUGUCUGUCCGCACGAGAGUGACACAGCGCCGUCCUUGCACACAGUUAGGCCGGAAAAGAUCCAGAACCAUGUCUAUCCUCAAGAUCCACGCUCGUGAAAUUUUUGACUCCCGUGGAAACCCCACUGUGGAGGUUGAUCUUUACACUAAGAAAGGUCUUUUCAGAGCUGCAGUGCCCAGCGGUGCUUCCACAGGCAUCUAUGAGGCUCUGGAGCUCCGUGACAAUGACAAAACACGUUACAUGGGCAAGGGAGUCAAAAGAGCAGUUAAAUAUAUAAAUGAAUUCUUGGCCCCUGCCUUGUGUAACCAGGAUGUGAAUGUUCUGGAGCAGGAGAAGAUUGACAAGCUGAUGUUGGACAUGGAUGGCACAGAGAACAAGUCAAAGUUUGGUGCUAAUGCCAUCCUGGGUGUGUCCUUGGCUGUGUGCAAGGCCGGCGCAGCAGAGAAAGGCGUUCCCCUUUACCGCCACAUUGCUGACCUGGCUGGUAACCCUGAAGUCAUCCUCCCUGUUCCUGCUUUCAAUGUCAUCAAUGGAGGCUCCCAUGCAGGCAAUAAGCUGGCAAUGCAGGAGUUCAUGAUCCUGCCUGUGGGAGCUAGCAGCUUCAAGGACGCUAUGCGCAUUGGUGCUGAGGUCUACCACAACCUGAAGAAUGUCAUCAAGGAGAAAUAUGGCAAGGAUGCCACCAAUGUAGGAGAUGAAGGAGGCUUUGCCCCCAACAUCCUGGAGAACAAGGAAGCUCUGGAGCUGCUGAAGAAUGCCAUCGGCAAGGCCGGCUACACUGACAAGAUUGUCAUUGGCAUGGAUGUGGCUGCCUCUGAAUUCUACAAGGAUGGAAAGUAUGACCUGGACUUCAAGUCUCCUGAUGACCCUAGCCGCUACAUUUCCUCUGACAAGCUGGCUGACCUCUACAGCAGCUUUGUCAGUGAUUAUCCCGUUGUGUCUAUUGAGGACCCCUUUGACCAGGAUGACUGGGAGGCAUGGUCCAAAUUCACAGCCAGCACCGGUAUCCAGGUGGUGGGUGAUGACCUUACCGUCACCAAUCCCAAACGUAUUGCCAAGGGUAUUGCCGAUAAAGCAUGCAACUGCCUGUUGCUGAAGGUCAACCAGAUUGGCUCUGUCACAGAGUCUCUGCAGGCCUGCAAGAUGGCCCAGAACAGCGGCUGGGGUGUGAUGGUCAGCCAUCGCUCUGGAGAGACGGAGGAUACCUUCAUCGCUGACUUGGUGGUCGGUCUCUGCACUGGACAGAUCAAGACAGGUGCACCUUGCCGAUCUGAGCGUUUAGCCAAGUACAACCAGCUGCUCAGGAUUGAGGAGGAGCUUGGGGACAAGGCCCGCUUCGCUGGCCAGAACUUCAGGCACCCCAUCUAAGCCGGUCCUCCAUCUUGGGCCUCUGUGUGUUCAUUACUCUUGAAUAACAGCCACACAUAUACGCCACACUAGGUCGCCUGCCCUGUCUGGAGAGAAGAUGGAGAACACCGCUGAAACCCAAGGUCCAAGUCUGUGGCAUAGAGAAGCUACAGGACAUCCUUGUACGACCACAUUUAGGCUCAUCUCCAAACUUAUGCUUUAGCUCCCGAUUAGUGAUGGUCCCUCUGUUUGUGUCUAUGUAACUGUGUGAGAGAUUUAUGUUCAGCUUCUUGUGAGUUGUUGUGAUUCUACUGAGUAUUUGAGCUACUGUAACUCUGCCUUGAGCAGCGAGUACUGUAUGUGCAAUGUGUCGCAUCUGACAAGGUCUUGUGCAACUGUAAGUGUUGGCAGAAAUAUAUAAUAAACUAUAUAGUUUGAAA